AUGGGGGAGAAGCCGUUCAAAUGCAAGUUGUGUGGCAAGGGUUUUGCACAGGCCUACACCCUCCAGGUCCACGAGCGUGCCCACCGGGGGGACAAACCCUUCAAGUGUGAGCUCUGCGGCAAGGCGUUCGUGACCUCUGUGGGCCUCUUGGAGCAUCACCGCACCCACACGGGCGAGAGGCCGUUCCACUGCGAUGUUUGUAACAAGACCUUCGUGAAGUCCUCCCGUCUCCGCGAGCACCAGCGCACCCACACCGGGGAGAAGCCCUUCAAGUGUGAGGUAUGCGAGCAGGCCUUCACGCAGCUGGCAUUCCUGGUCAGUCACCGGCGGGUUCACACGGGCGAGAAGCCCUUCAAAUGCCAGGUGUGUGACAAGGCCUUCACUCAGUCGUCGACGCUUCUGCAACACCGGCGGAUCCACACGGGUGAGAAGCCCUUCAAGUGCGGGAUCUGUGACAAAGCCUUCUCCCGGUCACUGUGCCUCGUGGAGCACCGGCGCAUCCACACCGGAGAGAAACCCUUCAAGUGCGAGGUCUGCGACAAGGGCUUCGCAAAGUCAACACAGCUCCUGAUCCACCAGCGCAUCCACACAGGGGAGAAGCCAUUCAGAUGCAACACUUGCGACAAAGCCUUCACCCAGUUGAUCUUCCUCCAGGUACAUCAGCGCACUCACACCGGGGAGAAGCCCUUCAAGUGUGACAUCUGUGACAAAGCUUUCACCCAGUCAUCGAAUCUUCAGGUACACCAGCGGACCCACACAGGGGAGAGGCCAUUCAAGUGCGAGGUGUGUAAGAAAGCUUUCACACAGUCGUCAAACCUGCGGGUGCACCAGCGUAUCCACACAGGGGAGAAGCUGUUCAGGUGUGAGGUUUGUGGCAAAGCCUUCACUCAGCUGAUAUUCCUCCAGGUCCAUCGGCACACCCACACCGGGGAGAAACCCUUCAAGUGUGACAUCUGCGACAAAGCCUACACACAGCUGCCCAACCUCCGGGCACACCAACGCACUCACACAGGCGAGAGGCCGUUCAGGUGCGAGCUUUGCAACAAGGCGUUUAUCCGCUCGUCCUCCCUGCUGGUGCAUCAGCGCACGCACACGGGGGAGAGGCCGUUCAAGUGUGAGCUUUGCGACAAAGCCUUUACUCAGUCAUCUUCGCUGCUGGUACAUCAGCGCACACACAAAUGA